UUAGGUUUGGUUCGGCCGGUGUAAUCUUUCAUUAUUCAAUUGAAAUGCGACCAGAACAGUCUUGUAUAUAAAUACCGCCCUCGUUUCCAUUCACCUGUAUAUUUGCAUGCCACGUGAAAACUUCGAGAGAACGAGAGAGAAGUAGUUCGUUCUUGAAAGACAUGAGGCCCAAGGUUUACCUGUUUGGUGAUUCGAUCACGGAGGAGUCGUUCGGCGACGGUGGCUGGGGUGCUUCUCUUGCCCGCCAUUUCUCUCGCACGGUUGAUGUGGUGGUGAGAGGUUACAGUGGGUACAACACGCGGUGGGCUGUCAAGGUUCUGGAGAGGGUUUUUCCGGGAUGUCAAGACGGCUGCGGUGAAGCGGCGCCGCCGCUAGCUGUCACCGUCUUCUUCGGCGCGAAUGACGCUUGCCUUCCCGAUAGAUGCUCUGGUUUUCAGCACGUGCCGCUUGAAGAGUACAAGCACAACCUCCGUUCCAUUGUCUCCUUCCUCAAGAAGCAAUGGCCAACUACUCGCAUUAUUCUCAUCACACCUCCUCCAAUCGAUGAAGAAGGACGCCUUGAAUUUCCCUAUAUUGAGAAUCCAUUAAAUCAGCCCGAGAGGACAAAUGAAGCUGCUGGUGCUUUUGCAAAGGCUUGUGUUUCUGUAGCACGAGAAAGUGGUCUUCCAGUAAUAGAUCUCUGGACUAAAAUGCAGCAGUUUCCUGACUGGCAGAAAGCUAAUCUAAGGGAUGGUUUGCACCUUACUCCACGGGGAAACAGACGCGUUUUUGAGGAAGUGGUUGCGAAGCUGAGGGAUGAAGGAUUGAGUCUAGAAAGUUUGCCAGUUGAUCUCCCGCUUAUCUCUGAUAUUGAUCCUAAUGACCCUUUAAAGGCAUUCCACCAGUGAGAGACCGAGACGAGACUGAAAAAACUGGUGUCAAAUCAUGGACAAGAAUUGGGUUUAUUUUGCUAGUAUACAAGCUUUGAAAAAAACUGUGAAAAACAAAUUGGUUAGACACCACAUCAUGUUGAUCUGUGGUAUUGUUUAGGGUGAGGCUCUCUUUCAUUUUGCUAACAUAUAUGCCUUCGUACAAGUCUGGUCCAUUAUUAUGAACAGAAUUGUGUUUGUAUGAUUAAGGUUAAAGUUCUGGUAUAACUUUUGUGACAUUGAA